UACACGAAUGCCGGUUGUGAACGUGUUACCUUUACUUUCAUAAGCUAACCCUUUUGUUAGGUGGUGCAAGUAUAUAGUUGUAUAGGAAGAUGCUGUGGCAUUUACUGGCUGUGCUCUUUUUACUCUGGCUAGUUUAUAGAUGGCGGAACAGAAGAAAGUUUGCCCUUGGAAGGCAGCUGAGCAGGAAAAUCAUUGCUCUGCCUAUAGUGGGACAUGCAUACACGUUCUUGGGGACCGAUGAGGAUCGUCUCAAACAGGUUGAGGCAAUUGGGCGUGAGUCAUACGAGUCGGGAGGGAUCAUAGCACAAUGGCAGGGACACUUACUCUAUCUUGUGGUAACAGAGCCAGAAAUAAUAGAAAUAGUCCUCAAGACGUGCUUAGAGAAGGAUGACUUAAUGAGGAUGUUCAGGGUUUUACUAGGAAAUGGCAACAUUUUUGCACCUGUCUCAAUAUGGCGUCCACGUCGAAAGAUCUUGGCUCCGACGUUCAGCCAGAAGAACCUCAAUUCCUUCGUUGAUAUAUUCGCCCGUCAGAGCAAGGUCAUGUCGGAUCAGCUCCAAAUCGCCACACAGAAGGGUCCCAUCUCUAUGUGGAAGUACAUCUCUACUUAUACCAUGGAUUCCGUUUGUGAAACAACUCUGGGUAUAAAUAUGAACACCCAACUGGACCCGGAGCUGCCGUUCCUCCAAGCGUUUGAGAACUGCUGCCGUAUCGAUGCCAAACGUAUCUGCCAGCCGUGGCUGUACAAUGACACGAUCAACAAAAUCUUCUGCCGAAGCGCCUUCGAUUCUUACGAUCGCAGUAAGAAGUAUAUUUGGAAGUUCAUGGAUAAGAUAAUAACUUCAAAAUGGGCGUCACUUAAGAAAGCGGCUGCACAACCAGAUCAUGAAAAGCCCAAAGAAAGUUGGAAGACGUUCCUGGAGUUGCUGAUCGAGUCUUCGGCGGGGUACGGUAACCUGGAGCUGAGGGAAGAGACCCUGGUCAUCGUACUGGCUGGCACUGACACCUCGGCGGUCGGGUCUGGCUUCACUACACUCCUGCUGGCCAAAUAUCCUGAAGUACAAGAAAAAGUUUAUGAAGAAUUACAAGAAGUGUUUGGUGACUCGGACAGACCAGUAACUCAUGAGGACCUGCCUAGGCUGAAGUAUUUGGACGCAGUGAUCAGGGAGAGUCUGCGAUUGUACCCGCCUGUACCUAUGAUCACCAGGAAAAUUGAAAAAGAUGUCACUUUGCCGAAUGGUGUGACAUUAGUAGACGGAUGCAGUGUAAUAGUGAACAUUUGGUCCGUCCACCGCAACCCUCGCUACUGGGGAGACGACGCGGAGGAGUUCCGACCUGAACGGUUCCUUGACACCCCGCUCAAACACCCUGCCGCCUUCGUGCCGUUCAGCUAUGGACCCAGGAGCUGUUUAGGCUACCUAUACGCUAUGAUGUCAAUGAAGACUGCUAUGGCGACACUGGUACGUCGGUACAGGAUCAAACCAGGUGAUGGUAAGACAGGGAAGGAGAGGAUACGAGUCAAAUUCGGCAUCAUGUUGAAACCAGUCAACGAAUUUAUGGUCAAACUUGAACCUAGGACUAAGGGAGAGAAGUGAACGCACCUGGGGGCCUACUCUAAUUCAACGAAAAACGAAGUUUCGUCCGAAACUUCGCAGAUUACAUACUACAAUUCUUUUUAUUGCGAACUUUUGUGAUCUAAAAUGAACGAAUGAAAUGAAGAUAAAUAAAUAGGUUUUUUUUUAUUUCAAGUAAUUCUAUUAGUAAAUCAAUAAAACCUACGGCCGAAGAUUAAACAAUACUUUGGAUUCGAGAGUAGGCCCCCUGUUCUAAAUGGGCCACCCAUAAAUUACCAGGGUAAAUAAAAUAAAAAUAGUAAAUACAUAAUAAUUUAUUCAGUGUACAUUAUGUCCUGUUAGCACUAAGCUUUUACUAAUACUUACGCUACUUGACUAAUAUACUAGCCUAGUGUGAACAAGGCAUUAAAAUUAAGGUAGUGUAUAAGAGCAAAGUCAAAGUCAAAUCUUUUAUUCCUAUUAAACUAUGGUUUUAUUCUAAACAUUACAUUAAAAUGUCAACAAUAAAUAAAGAAAUAAAUAAUAGUCUGUGAAUCAGUCCAUCAGUGAAGCUAGGUGCUCGUUCCAAAGUGUAUCUUCGAAUGGAGAAGAACGAGAAAGAAACUCCCUCUAUUAAAUGCAUUUGGUAUUUAUUGAUAUCAAUUUACUUAGAGAAUCUAGUUGCUUUAAUUGGAAUACUUAAAUGAUUUGAAUUUGACUUUGACAUUGCAAAAAAUUGUAACUCUAUAAGGAGUAAUUACAUAAGGAGUAUAUUUUUGGUAAUAAUGCAUGUUUAUGAUUAGAAUGUUUGAUCGUUUAAUAAUUAUGUUAAUUAAAGUUGAACCAUUUUUGAAACUUAAAGACUAAUUUAUUUUUUAAAUAUGAGUUAUUCGAAGGCAACAUGUUAGUUCCUGCUCUACUAGAAAAUGUAAAUUAUGUAAUUUAUUUUAAAAUGUAAAUUAAUAUUUUCAAAACUUUAUAUUUUUUUGAAAUUCUAAUAAAAAAAUUGCAUAUUUAUAAGGUAAAUUAAGAGGGAAUUUUAAUUUGUUAUUGUAUAUAUUAAAUGUUAUUCUUAGGGUGUUAAUAGUCAUAUUUUAGUAUAAGGAUAUUGUAAAAAAAUAUAUAUAAAU